AUGGCAGAUGGUUACAGAUUUUCACAGCAGAACGCUGGGAACUAUUAUUAUCCUCAGAAUACACACCACCAAAGACAUCUGAUCCGCACUGGGACACCUCCAAAUAACAUUCGAUCCGCCUUUAACACCAAUACUCCCUCGCCAACUCGAACUCCCGAUCCCCAAUCUCCCGCCCACGGUCUUUACGGUAUGUUCAACCACCAGCAAGGACAACAUGGCCGCGUCAAUGGCGCAGGACGGGGUGCCAUGAUGCCCUAUCCUCACUUUCCCACACAUCAGCCUCAGCAUACCCAACACCACGCCAACAUCCAACAAGACCACAAUGCACAUAUUUCCAACGGAGUUAACCAUCAUGCGAACUUUCCCUCUGUUGGCAUGCAAAACUCGACAUCCACUUUCACGCCAAACCUGCAAAACGGGCACGCGACAAGUACACAUGGUAGUCAGGCUCCAGUAAUGAACGAGCAUUGGCAGAAACAAUUAGAAUUGUAUCAAGAAUCAAAGAAAGCAAAACUCCACGCCCCGCAUCAUUUUGCUAGAACCAAAGCCACUCAGAAUACUGUUGACAAGCCUACAACAACGACAUUAACUGAGGAAGAACCAGAGAACGCGAGUCGAAACAGACCUUCGAACACCGACAGUUCUAUCAAGCGUCAAGACUGGCACAAUAUGGAUAUGAGUGGUCUUGGGCUUCGAGCAUUAUCAGUCGAAGUAUUCCAGUAUACAUUCCUUCAUGAGUUAUACGUGGCAUCCAACGCCCUAACUUCUUUACCUGCGUCCAUUGGUCAACUGCGACACCUGCGUCAUUUAGAUGCCUCGGGCAAUUCAUUGCAAACACUCCCACCCGAAUUAGGCAUGUGUGUAUAUCUGAAGAAUUUACUGCUGUUCGAUAAUCAGCUUACGUCAUUACCGCAAUCUUUUGGAUCACUCUAUCAAUUAGAGAUGCUAGGCAUCGAAGGAAACAAGCAAAUGGACCCUGCCAUCAAGAGUGAAAUCAUGGAGAAGGGCACCAAGGCUCUCAUACAUACCUUGAAAGAAGAAGCUCCAGUACCUCUUCCUCCUUGUCCUAGAGAAAUGAUCGAUCUACUCAAUGGUUCAACUGUUGCACCAGACGUGGAGCGUUUCACUGUGUUCUCUUAUAACAUUUUGUGUGAUAAUUACGUGGGUCCCGGCCAAUACGGCUAUGUCCCAUCUAAGGCAUUAGACUGGGAGCAUCGGCGGCACGAAAUUCUGAGCGAAAUCGAAGCCCGGGAUUCAGAUUUCGUGUGCCUUCAAGAAGUGGAUGCUGAAAAUUUCCGAGAAUUCUUCAGUGUGAAGCUUGCAUACAAAGACUACAAAGGUGUAUGGUGGCCGAAGUCACGAGCCAAGACCAUGUCCGAGUCAGCUGCAAAGGCUGUCGAUGGCUGCGCAACUUUCUAUAAAAACAACAAAUACAUUCUCCUUGACAAGCAACUUAUCGAUUUUGCCAACAUCGCAAUUAAUAGACCAGAUAUGAAAAAUCAACAUGACAUCUUCAAUCGUGUCAUGCCUAGGGAUCACAUUGCAGUGCUGGCUUUCUUCGAAAACCGCUUAACUGGAUCACGCGUUAUUGUUGCCAAUGCACACAUAUUCUGGGAUCCAGCGUAUGCUGAUGUUAAACUGAUCCAAAUCGCAAUAUUGAUGGAGAGCAUCAGCAAAUUCGCCGAGAAAUAUCAACGAUUUCCCGCUUGCAAAGACAAAAAAGCAUAUACCAUCACGGAUGAUUCAGAUCCAGAGGCCCCUGUGGCAGUCGCUCCAGAACCCGCUCCAUCCAUGGAAUAUACGAAUAAGACCCAAAUACCACUAAUAGUAUGUGGAGAUUUGAACUCUACUGCAGACUCCAGUGUGUACGAAUUAUUGGCUACUGGACGAGUAGCUCCGGAUCAUCCAGACCUUGGCAGCUAUCAAUAUGGAAAUUUCACGAGAGAUGGAAUUGAGCACCCUUUCUCCCUUCGAUCCGCCUACACAAACCUAGCCGAUGGUCCACAGGAAUUGACAUGGACCAAUUACACACCCGGAUUCACCGAUCACAUUGAUCACAUCUGGUACUCAACCAAUGCUCUCGAGAACACGGAUUUAUUAGGACCUGUAGACGAAGAAUACAUGAGAACAGUGCCCGGCUUGCCACACUACCAUUUCCCCAGUGAUCACUUAGCACUCCUAGCUCGAUUCAAUGUCAAGAUGCCAAAAGCCAAGAAAGCCCAUACAGAACCCGAUUUUGGUCCGUCGAGCCACCAUGAUCGACGAAGAGAUUAA